GCGGAUCUUGGACAUUAACAUCAGCUAUGUCUUCUAGAAGGAAACCAUCAAAUGCAAAACGAGCGGACUCAGAGGAAAAGACUGACACAAAUGGCACUGCAGAUUCCGAUGGCGAGCUGGAUUACUUGCCAGAAGGAACUGUUGUUGUCAAACCUGAACCUGUUGGAAAGAGAGGAACAUUUUCUGGACCUGAAUUCCGUUCAAAGAAGAAAGAAAAGAAAGAGCCAAGUACAGAUUUCAAUUCUGCAAGUGCCAACCUAGGUAGAGUAUCUUGUACCGCAUGUGGAGAACAGGUCAACACCAAUAAGUCUGGUAGUGUCAGGAAGCAUCCGCAGCUUAAGGUCUUAGUUUGUAAGAGUUGCUACAAGUACCACACGAGUGGUCCGAUCUCCCGGGAUGAGGAUGGACUGGAUGAACAGUGUAGGUGGUGCAGUGAGGGAGGGAAUCUGUUUGGCUGCGAUUUCUGUCACAACGCUUUCUGCAAGGCUUGCAUCAUUAGGAACUUGGGAAGAUCUGAAAUCAGCAAUGUUACAGAAGGAGGUAAAGACUGGAAAUGUUAUGUAUGUGAUAACACUAAACUAAAACCUUUGCUGGCGGAAUGUCAAAAAGUCUUGAACUACAUGGAGGCAGAGGACAAAAAAGCGAAGGAGAAAAUGAAACAGGCGACCACCCCAAAGUCGAAUGAUGCCAAAAAGUCGAGCGAUUCCACCAAAUCAAAUGAUGCUAAGAAGUCCUCUGAUUCUAAGAAGGAGGCUACAGAAUCCAAGUCAGAAAAUAAAGCCAGUAAGUCCACAGAUAGCAAGCAGCUUCUGAAGGUAUUAAGUACUGGGAACGCCUCUAAUCGAUCCUCAUCGCCUAGUGAAUUCCAGAAAGCUAUUCUUACCAAGCCACAUGCUGGCACUACAAUCAACACAGAGAAAAUUGUGGUAGAUCCUAUGACUGGUAGGUCAACCAAAUUUGAGAUGGUGUAUCCCAAUGCUAAUAUUGUACAGACUCAGUAUAAGUCUUAUGCUCGUCCAGUGCAACCCAAGCCGGCCAGCCUUCCCACUGAUGGCGUGUCUUUGCCAUUCACUGGACUUCUGCCAGGAAAUGUGCAUAGUGUCAUAUCCAAUAUACUUUCAAUGACAGAAAAUCUUCAACAGCUUUUGAGAAACAUACAGGAGAAUGUUAUAGAAGAGUCAAAUCUAGACAAGUUGCCCUUUGAAAUUUCUCUCAGAACAUUGAGUCAACAGCAGAUAGAAGCUAGACUUUCAGCUGGAACUUGUGUAAAAAAAGCUGUGAACUUGUUCUUGCAAGAAAUGGCAAUGAAGACUUCUGCUGCAGGAGUAAAAGCGAUGACUCUAAGUCAGAAAGCAUCUCAAUCUUCACUUGCCCCUGCCUUGUUAGCGGGUAGUCCUCUGGACAGAAAUGGUGGUGCUAUGAAUAUAGAUACUCCUCACAAAUUUGAUAAACCAGGGGGAGAGAACUCACCCUUAGUCACUAGUACGCCUAAACCCAAAUCUUCAGAUGAUGAUUCAGAUGUCAUUGUGCUCAGUCCUUCUCCCAAGAAAACAGUUAAUCUCACAACUGACAAAUCAGAAGCUUGUUCUAGUGUGCAGGAUGAUAAUGAUGUAACUGUAGUGAGUGAAAAUGAUAAAGCUGCAAAAGAACUGUUGAAAGACGCUGCUGAGGAGAUAGGGGAUGAGGAUAAUGACUCGGAUAAUGAUAAAGAUGAAUCCAGUGUAAAGGAAAGGGGAAAAGAUGACAAAGAGAAUGAGAGUAUAAUUUCAGAAAAUGAAGAAUCUAGUGAAAAGAAAGGGAAGAAAAAAGCAAAAAGCUUAGUGGUAAAAUUAGGAAAUCUGUCGAAAUCUAAAGACAAAAAGGACAACUCUGGUCAAGAUAAAGAUGAGAAAGAAAAAGUAUCCUCUACCACAAAGGACGACGAAGAGGAAGAAAGUUCAAAUUCAUCCAGGAAAACCAGAAGUAAGAAAAAUGAUGAAACGGACUCGGAGGAAAAAGAGUGCAAGCCGGUCAGAAAAACAAGAAGUAGGUCACAGAAUUCAGAGAGUGAUUCAAACUCCAGUCAGUCUAGAGGGAAAACUUCACCUAAAAAGAAGGAAAGUAAUGAUAAAUCCAAAACUAGCGAAGAUAAGAAGAAUAAGAAGGAGGACUCGAGCUCUAAAAAGACAAAAUCAGACAAAGACAAAAAGAGUGAUAGUAAAGUAAAAUCGGAGGAUGAUGAUGUAGAUAAGGAAGAAAAAGUUAAGAGCAUGAAGGACUCAGAUGAGGAAGAUAGUGACAGCAGUGAUACUGAGGAGGAAAGUGAUUCCAGUGAAGAUGAAGAUUUUGUCACCUCCAAAUCCCGACGUUCUUCUAGAAGGCUGAAGAAAUCAGCUAAAAAGCUUGACAAAAAGAAAAAGACUGAAGAUGAUUCCUCAGAUUUUGAUUCAGACUUGGAAAAAGAUAUUGAAAAAUUAUCCAAGAAUCCUACUAAAUCAUCAAAAUCUCGCACAACAAAGAGCAGUUCAAAAUCAGAGAAGUCAACCAAAAAAGCAAAAGAAUCUGAGAAGGAGAAGAAAACUGAUAAAAAGAAAGAAAAGAAGAAAGGGGCUGUCAGCUCUAGUGAUGAUGAUGAUGAUAAAACAGAGGAAGAUGACGACAACACCGAAAUUGAUGAGCCAGAGGGAGAAAUUGACAUGGAUUGCUCUGCUAAUGCACAAGCAAAAGAAGACUUGUUAAAAGAAAUGGAAGAGGAGGAGGCGGACGAGGAUAACAAUCAGGACAGCAGUGAUUCAGAGGUCAUAAUCACACCAAGAAAGAAGAGGAGUGUAGUGAAGAAAGCUAAGUACACUAUUGACUCAGACAGUGGCACAGAGGAAGACAUGCCCAAGAAAAAGAAGAAACGAGAUGAGCUGCUUGAUGCAAAGCUGUCAAGUAGUGACUCUGAUGUUGUCUCCAAAAAGAAAAGUAAGAAGAGGAAAGCCAAGUCCUCCAGCGAUGACACAACGGAGACGGAUAGUGAGGAGGAAUUUAUUGCACUGGGAAAGAAGAAGAAGGGGAAGGAUGUUAAGAAGAAAGCUGGGACAGGAAAGGCCAGGAAGAGGAGGAGGAUCAAGGCUCCCAGCAGUUCUGAUGAUGACGAGGAGGCCAUCAGUGAAGACGAAGAUGAGGAGGGUGCAAGCAAAUCUGAAGAUGAAGGGGAUCCAAAUACACCAAAAAGGCUAAAGAGGAAAAAAAUCAGAAAAAUAAAAUCAGAGAAGAAAUUGACCUCUGAGACUAAGUCUGCUGCUAAAGCUGAGGAGGAAAGAAGGAAAAGGAUAGCAGAGAAACAGAAAAUAUUCAAUGGAAUUGUUCAAGAAGUGGAUGAGUCUUCUCCAACCAAGUGCCCUAUAACUAGGCAGCUUGUCCUGGACUUUGAAGAAGAGACCAAGAAACCACUCAUAGAAGUGGAUAAAGGACUAGUUGUUAAACUGAAACCUCAUCAGGUUGAAGCUGUACAGUUUGUCUGGGAUUGUACAUUUGAAUCAUUAAAAAGGUCCAAAACAGAGGAAGGUUCUGGCUGCAUUUUAGCUCACUGCAUGGGUCUAGGAAAAACAUUGUCACUUAUAACAUACAUUCAUACGAUGCUUACUAACAGCAAGAAGACGAAUGUCCACACUUGUGUAGUAGUGGCACCCCUGAAUACUGUCCUUAAUUGGCAGUAUGAGUUUGAAAUGUGGCAGGAGUUCACCAAAAAGGAAGUAGAUGUGUAUGAGAUGUCUUCAGUGAAGGUGAAUGCAGAUCGUGCUGCUCUGCUGAAGAAUUGGCACCGAGAUGGAGGAGUACUUAUCCUGGGCUACGACAUGCUGAGGAACCUGUCCCAGGGCAAACACUGCAGAAGCAAGAACAUGAAGAAAGUCUUUCACGAUACUCUGGUGGACCCAGGACCUGAUUUAGUGAUAUGUGAUGAAGGCCAUAUUCUGAAAAAUGACCAGUCUGCAAUCUCUAUAGCCAUGAACCAGAUCAAGUCCCGACGAAGAGUGGUGCUAACUGGAACGCCAUUACAGAAUAAUCUCAUGGAAUAUCAUUGCAUGGUUGACUUUGUGAAGCCGAAUCUGCUGGGAACAAGUAAAGAAUUUCGUAACAGAUUUGUAAAUCCUAUCACUAACGGCCAGUGUGCCGACUCCACAGCCCACGAUGUGAAGAUCAUGAAAAGACGAGCCCAUAUCCUCCAUGAAAAGCUUAAUGGUUGUGUACAGAGAAAAGACUACAGCUCACUAACGAAGUAUUUACCUCCCAAACAUGAGUAUGUGAUAGCUGUCCGUUUGUCUCCAGUCCAGAUUCGUCUGUAUGAGAAAUAUUUGGAAUUAGCUGGGUUUGGUACAGACAGCGCCCCCAAAGCUAACCGUGGAGCAAGGCUCUUCUCCGAUUACCAGGCUCUGAUGCGAAUCUGGACUCAUCCUUGGGUUUUGAAAAUGGAUGAAAUUCGCCAGGCUGAUAGGAGACUGUUUGAUGAUGAGUCGGAUUUCGUGGAUGAUUCCGAUGGUAAUGAUAGUGAUGGCAGCAAAUCGACAGACAGCACGGACUCGUCUACCCCCUCAGAGGUUUCUCUGAAGUCUGAUAUAUCAGACGGGGGACGCAAAACUCGCAGUUCUAAGAAAAAGAAGAAAGAUUCUGAUUCUGAUGACGAUUCAGACUCAGAUGCACAGAAGAAAGGUGAAGUUGUGAAGAAGUGGACAACAAGAAGGCAAAGAGGAGAUAUCAGUGAUCCAGAGGAAGACACGGGACCUCAGCCUGUAUCUAACGAAUGGUGGGCGGAGUACGUCAAUCCAGAAGACGAGGAUAAACUAGAACUCAGUGGAAAACUAGUCCUACUGUUUGAGAUUCUGAGGAUGAGUGAAGAAAUAGGAGAUAAAGUGUUAGUCUUCAGUCAGAGUUUGCUCUCAUUAGAUUUAAUAGAACACUUCCUGGAGCAAGUAGAUCAGAAAACCAGAGAUGAUGGAAAGCCUGACAAAGACAACAAAGAUAAGGACAGCAAAGAUAAAGACAACAAAGAUAAGGACAACAAAGAUAAGGACAACAAAGGAAGUGAUAAGAAGUCAGAGGAGGACAAAAAGAAGGAGAAUCAGAAUGAAGAUGAAGCUUUUGGGAAGCAUUGGACACUCGGUGAAGACUACUUCAGAAUGGACGGCUCCCAUAGUGCUCAGGCCAGGAAAAACAUGGCUGAAAAGUUCAAUGACCCAGAAAAUUAUCAAUGCCGGCUGUUUUUGAUCUCCACUAAGGCGGGAGGCCUAGGAAUUAACUUGGUAGCUGCUAACAGAGUCAUUAUUUUUGACGCCUCUUGGAAUCCUUCCCAUGAUGUGCAGUCCAUUUUUAGAGUGUAUCGAUUUGGACAAGUUAAACCAGUCUAUGUUUACAGAUUUCUUGCUCAGGGUACUAUGGAAGAGAAGAUCUAUGAACGUCAGGUAACCAAGCAGUCCUUGUCCCAGAGAGUGGUAGAUGAGCAUCAGAUAGACCGACAUUUCAAUGCCAAUGAACUCGCUGAGCUAUAUACAUUCAGACCAGACAGGCUAGAUGAUCCUAAUAGAGUAGAAAAGACACCAAUGCUGCCUAAGGACUUUAUGCUUGCUGAACUGAUGAAGUCACAGAAAGACUGGUUUGUCAAUUAUCACGAGCAUGAUUCCCUGCUGGAGAACAAGAUAGAGGAAAUCCUGGAUGAAGAUGAGAGAAAGGCUGCCUGGGAGGAGUAUGAGAAUGAGAGGAAGGGAGUUAUACAAAUGAGGCAGAACUUCAUGGCAAACAUGCCAAAUAUUGGUUUCAACAACAUGCUACAUCAAAUGCAGCAGCAGUCCCAGUAUGGAAUGACUCCUAUGUAUAACCAGGGAUUCAACAUGCAGGCCUUUACACAACAGAACCUUCUACAGCUCGUACAGGACAUGAAACAAAGGUACCCACACCUACCACAGGAGCAGCUGACACAACAAGUACAAACAGUCAUCAGACAAAUGGUUUCACGACAAAUUGCAGCUCAACAAGAGGUCCAGAAAAGACAGAUGGAACAAAAAGAGAUGCAGCAUCAGCGGGAGUUACAGAGAAUUCAGGACCAGAUUCGACAGCAACAGAUGCAGCUGAUGCAGGCUACUAUGGCAGGGGCCAGACAGGGAAUGGGACCAGGAACAUCGGGGCCUCAAGCGGGGACUUCUACAAUGCAGUCCUUGUUAAGUCAGCCUGCCAAUGCUAAUCGACUUCAGCAGAUGAGGGAGGCUAGGAAAUAACAGCCUCUCAUUCUCUACUGAAGUCUGAUGGGAUUUUUAUUUCUUUGUUUUCAUACUGGACAUGGUACAUGUAUAAUAAUACAUUGAUGUGCAUGGAAGGCAUCUUUGUGUUGGAACUGUGACUUAAUUAGUCUUAGUAAACAUUUAAAUCAUCUUUUGUUAAAACUUUACAUGAGGGUGCAAUCUUCGAGAUAAAUUUUAAUGGAUGUAUACAUGUAUAUCUUUAUUGUUGGGAAAGUUUCCAAGGUGAAAUUUACACAAUGUGUACAUGUAUAGUUACUGAACUGAAUGACCUUUUCAUGAGAGACAUACAGGUGAGCUUAUUUGGCAAAUGCCAAACUGUAUUUUAAUUCACUGUUGUGAUGUUACUCAUAAUAUUAAUUAUGAAUGUGAGCAAGUUGUAUUUAUAUUUUGAAAAAGAGGUGUGUAUUUUGUAGAAAGUUUCUUCAUAGGCCCAUUAAUUUGCAGUAUGUAGUUUCUAAGAUUUGCACAUUCCUUUUUUUUGGAAAUUAUUUUUUUAUCCAUUAAAGCUAAAGAUUUUAACUGACUGCAACAGAUGGUUUGAUUUGAUAAGAAUUUUUAAUCAGUUUUUAUUGUGUAAUACAUGUACCAUAUUAACCUUUUUUUUGAUAAUGUAAUUCUGACUUGAUCUUAGUAUAUUAAUAUAAACAUCUAUAUAGAUUUCAUCUCAUUCAUCGGAAAAAUAUCACUGUUUGGGUUUUAAUUAUAAUGAUUUUUUUUUGCUUAACAAUCCAUGCAAUCAUUAAUUACAUGUAGAUGUACAAUAAGCCAGAUUUUACAGGAUAAUGACAAUUAUAAUUAAGUGGAAGAUAGCAUUCUUGUUUUUAUUUUAGCCUCACUUGUCAGAGACCAGUAGUAAAGUGUAUGUUAACCAUCUGUUCAUAAUCAAUUCAAAAUACUUCUUCAGUUCUGGUCCAUUUUCAACAACACUUGGUACAAGCAAGUAGACUUCUCUAAAAUACAUAGUUCUUUUUAUUGAGAUUUGAUUUAGAUUAACAUGAUUUCAAUUUUUACUGUUAAUGGGAUAAUACACUGGAAUUCAUUUCAAACAUUACUCCUAUGUUUUUUGGUCUGAAUUAAAACCAAGAAAAACUUGUUUCACAAGGAAAUUAUGGUAAACCAACAUGUAAUUCUUAUUCAUUGAUGUUGCCAUUGCUUUUUAGUUUCAAGUCCUGUAUGCUUUUUCUUUCUUUAUUAAAAAAAAAACAAGUCAUUCAAAGUAUAAAUUAUCAUAGACGUUUUCUUUCAGAUUGAAAUUGUGUGUGUUAGGCUCUGGAAUCGUUAUUGAAAAGGAAUUUCACUAUAAUUCAAAUUGCAGUUAUGUGUAAAACAUUUAAUUAUAAUGAAUAAAAUUUCAAGAGAAACUUGA